CUGACAGUAGGCGUGAUCACGUUCAGUUCAAUGAUCCGUUUCGACGACGAUUUGCUGUGUAAAUCUCGCUACAACAUUUCCGUGCAUUCAAGGAACUCGUUCCCUUCCGAUCACUAAUAUGGACAGCAGAAAAUCUGUCUGGCGCCAUGUUUGUUGGGGCUGCGGUAAAGCAUUUGUCGGGUUUCGAGCCACUCGCCUCUUUCCGAAGCGAACCACCUUUUCGAGGAACUAGACGAGAAAAGGGACAAGAACAAGAAGAACGGUGAAAAGUCGAAAGAGAGAUAGCCGACUAGGAGGAAGAAUUAGGUUCACAACAAAAUCGCUAAAAGUGUUUACUGAGCUUUCUGCUGUGAGAUUUUUGAGCCGCUGAAUAGUUUAUUGGAGUUGUUGUUUCGUUUGACAGCCCUCUGAAACUUGUUGCGGCGAUACCUAAUUGGAAGCCUAUACAGAACGAUAUGUGCGGGCCAGCAGUUGAUAUCACUGCAGCCAUGGCUGGGCAACACUAUUGCUUGCGGUGGAAUAAUUAUCAAUCUAACAUGACAUCAGUAUUUCAUCAGUUGCUCCAAACAGAGGCCUUUGUUGAUGUGACACUUUCAUGCAAUGAAGCAUCGCUUAAGGCACACAAGGUGGUGUUAUCGGCAUGUUCCUCAUAUUUCCAAAAGCUGCUCCUAGAAAAUCCUUGCAAACACCCAACAAUCAUCAUGCCUCCCGAUGUCUGCUUUAAUGACCUUAAGUUCAUCAUUGAAUUUGUUUAUCGAGGAGAGAUAGAUGUUUCUCAGGCUGAGCUUCAGAGUCUUCUCAAGACAGCAGACCAGUUAAAGAUAAAAGGUCUGUGCGAACUUCCUGAAGGUAGGGAGGGAGGAGUUGGAAUUUCGUCUGCAGAAGUAACACCACUUCCACCUAAUGUCAGAAGACGAAACAUCACUAAGUUUCGACGCUUUGCUGGCAACAAAGGACGGAGAUUUGAGCCUCAUAGAGGGCGUCCACCUUUAUUCCGAGGUGCUGCUACUGUGAAGCAAGAACAGCCCCAACAGUCUCCUCAACAACAUCAACAACAGCACCACCAGCAACAGCAUCAACAGCAACAACAAGUACUUCAACAGCAACAGCAAAUGCAGCAUGCACAGCAUCAGCAGCAUCAAAUGCAGCAUCAAACACACCUCCAGCAAGGGGCUGGCAUAGCUGAGCCAAUGCGACACAUACAGGUUGCAAAUGGCAUGGCUGUCAAUGUUGGAAUGACUGUUGCCACCUCAACUGAUGAAGAGCACAGCAGUGGUGGGCACCUUUCUGCUGGUGAUAUUCCUGUUGUCAUUUUAGAAAGCCGGCCUCACUCCCAUGGACAUGCUGGUCAACCACAAAUGCAUCCCCACCUCCAACAUCAUCAACUUACUACUGCAGUGUCUCCAGUCCUGUUAUCUCACCAAGGUCACCUACCUCAUGGCUUAAGCCUUCCACCUCCACAACCGCAGCAAAUGGAGCAGCACAAUUCACAUUCUGUUCAUUCCGGUCACUCAGCACACUCUGCCCACAGCAACAGUGCAAGUGAUGUUGAAAUGCCUCCAGAAGUCACACCACCUGCCCCCUCAGCAACCCCUGUACCCCUUAUGGCUAUUCAUGAGGAGUCUAUACCCAGAAGCCGAGACAUGGCAGUGGAUACGUCUGGAAUAACUCACACAACGGAAGAUGAAAAUGUGAAGGUGAAGUUUGAAACUUUACGUGCUAUGGAACAAGGGGAUACUUUAAACAUGGACAGUCACAUGACUGACAGACAGCCUCAAAAUAUGGGUGAUGAGGAUCACACCAUGCACACUAUGAUGAUUACUCCAGAACUCCUUGGGUUGAUACCAUCGUCCUCUGGACAUUCAACUGAUUCAACAGCCCCCUCCCCAGCAGAUGUUACACCAGAAACACCCAAGGGUCCUGGGGGACCGAAAACAUGGACACAGGAGGAUAUGGAUGCUGCUCUAGAUGCUCUUCGUACUCAGAAUAUUUCUUUAACAAAGGCAGCUACCAUGUUCAACAUUCCUUCAACCACACUCUGGCAAAGAGCUCAUCGCCUAGGCAUUGAUACUCCAAAGAAAGAGGGGCCUAACAAAUCGUGGUCUGAAGAUAACUUAAAUAAUGCUCUUGAAGCUUUACGAAGUGGAUCCAUUUCUGCCAACAAAGCAAGCAAGGCAUAUGGUAUACCUAGCAGCACACUUUAUAAAAUAGCAAGAAGAGAGGGCAUUAGAUUAGCAGCCCCGUUUAAUGCUGCUCCCACUACUUGGAACCCAGAUGACCUAGAAAGAGCUCUAGAAUCAAUCCGAUCGGGACAAACGUCUGUCCAACGGGCUGCUGCAGAGUUUGGCAUUCCAACCGGCACUCUAUAUGGUAGAUGCAAGCGUGAAGGUAUUGAGUUGUCAAGAAGCACACCAACUCCUUGGUCUGAAGAUGCCAUGUUGGAAGCUCUUGAAUCUGUUAGGGUGGGUCAAAUGAGCAUUAAUCAAGCAGCUAUUCACUACAACCUACCAUAUUCAUCUCUUUAUGGGCGAUUUAAGAGAGGAAAGUAUGAAGCAGAUCAUCCAAGUGGCGAUGAGUCUAUGGACGCUCCUGUGUCUCCCAACAUUCAACCUCAAAUAAUGGUGUUGCCAUAUUCAGUUAGUGUAACGCAGCACUCACAACAGCAGCAUCAGCAGACAGCUCAACAGCAAGCUCAAGCUGCUGCAGCCCAGCAGCAGGCUCAGCAGCAGGCAGCACAGGCACAGCAAGCACAGCAGCAGGCGCAGCAAGCUGCUGCAGCCCAGCAGGCAGCACAGCAACAAGCCCAGCAGGCAGCUCAGCAACAAGCCCAACAGGCCGCACAGCAACAAGCCCAACAGGCCGCAGCCCAGCAGGCAGCAGCUCAGCAAGCAGCAGCCCAGCAAGCAGCCCAGCAGGCAGCAGCCCAGCAAGCUGCACAGCAACAAGCACAACAGGUGGCAGCCCAGCAAGCCCAGCAACAGCAGCAGCAGCAGCAGCAAGCUGCAGCCCAGCAAGCACAAGCCGCUGCACAUCAGAUCCACCAACAGCAACAAGCUGCUGCACAGGCUGCCCAAGCUGCACAGGCUCAGCAUUCAAUGGCUCAGUAUCAGUCACAUAGCACCAGUUGAGUAAGUAAUUGGCUUACGGAGCAUUUGUGAGUUUCACAGCAUGGGUGGCCAUAUACCUGAUUCAAGCUCCUAAGCCAUCAAACUGUGGAGAUGAAUUGUUUAAUUCCUGUUUACAACUUUGCUAUCAGUCAUUGUAACUGUGUCUGUUCUGUCAUAGCGGAGGCUUAAUCCAAAGUUUCAAAACCAUUGAGUGCUAAUAAGUAUUUCCUUUUGUUAAUCUUGACAAAAUAAAAAAACAAAAAAAAAACAAGAACAAAAAAACAGCAGCGAGAUGUUCUAGCACGUGAUGCUGAGCAAAAAUUAUCCUGGUGGAUGUUGAUAAGUUAUAAGUUUCAUAGGCAAUGCUUUUUGCUUCAUAUAUCUUCCUUGUUUUGAUCUGUUACAUGUUACAGAGUAUGUUUUUUUUUUAAUUAUUAUUUUAAUUGUAUAGUUUACUUAUAAGUAUUAAUAGUAGAGUGCUCCAUUUACAAUAUAAAUAUAUACAAAUAUAUUGAUGUGUAAAAAUAUGUUAUUGGUUGAAGUAGGGGCUUGGUUCUUUCUAAAUCCUUCACUGUGCCACAGUUGUAGUGCUCUGGUCCCAUCUAGUCUGAACUGGAAAGAACCAUGUCAGGCAGUUGUUAUCCUGGUUCAAAAUUGUCUCACAGUCGGAUCCCAAUGGUACUCAGAAACAGGUGGGAAGUGGAUUCAAUUUCAAGUGAAGGCAAAAAAAUGUGCUGUGACACCUAAUGACACCGAAAUGUGGGUUGAUUACAACCGGGUUGGACCAUUACUGUCAGGUCCCACCCAGUUCCUAAAUCUGCCUGUUUAUAAAUUAAGUGGAACCAACCCCUUAAUCUAACCCAUAAUGUAUUUUAAAUGAAUUAUCAGAUAUGGGCCAAGCAGCUAGGCUAUCUGCUUUAAGUUUCCUGCUUAAAGGAAACCAUGCAAUUCUUCAAGCUGCUAUUUAAGACUGAUGGCACUCCCAUUACUAUGGAACCUGGUGCUGCAACCUGAAGAAAUGAGACAGACUAAGUUUGGAGAGUCACUCUCCUCCAAUUUCUCUUAAGCCUGUCCUGUAGUAUUGUUUCAAUCUUCAAGUAACUGCACUUGUUAAAACUUCAGUGAACAGGCUUUCUUUUGUUGUUGUUAAGUUUUUUGACUUGUGCAUUCAAAUUACAUGACAUGCAUAUAUUUUGUUUUCUAUUUAAGGGAGAUUUAUUUAUCUUAAAGAAGGAAAGAAAGGCAAUGGUCAGAUCCAAAUUGUAUCUUAACAUUAUUAGUAAAAUACUUCCUGUUUCACCAGUGUAUCAUUAUUCCAUUACAUCUAGUCUACAAAAGUGAUCUUGGUUUUUUUUUUUUUUUUUUUAAACGAAGAACCACAAAAUGGAGCACUGUUGUGAGUCAUGGUUGAAAGCUCUUUAAACUCAGGUAUGGUUAGGGGUAAACUUUGCAAUAAUGUUAAUGCUGAUUUGCUUAUUUUGGCUACAUUUUUGAAUUUUACAUUUUGAUUUUGAUGUUGGGUUUCCUGUUUUAAUUCCUGCUCCUAAGAGAAUGAUUGGUUAGUCCGCUUCUGCCUUUUGGCCUCUCUUAUGCUUUUGUUCUUUUUGGGGUUUUCUUCUACAUGGUUGUGAAUUGACCAUUGUAUGAAUUGGAAUUGAAUAUUUGGUACAUAAUUUGUUAUUUGUACAAAUCCAUUUGUACAAUUGUUAUUAUUUUGGUUUUGAUGAACUUCCUCAGAAUAGUCUUGGUCCCUGUUGUAGUUCUACCAAGAGAUUUCAAACUGUUUGUCUCUGACUUGAAAUCUGUCCUUUUUAUCCUUUUUUUUUCUCUAAAUCAAAAAUGCUGUAGAGAACCUCCAUUUAAAAUGUACAUUUCACAAAUGCCAAUAUUUAGAGCUUAAAGUACCAUUUACCGCUCAAAAUUAGAAAUAGAAUGGGUCAGAGAUCCCUAUUUGAUGGAUGAAAGGAUGAAAAUGGAAAUGUUUUCUGUUAAAAGUUUACAACAGUUGCCACUCAUGUUAUUCUUUUGUUUUUUUUUGGUGGGUAGUACAUAAGUAUUUGUUUUGACAUGUUAAUUUCCAUAAGACAACUUCCUGUCUUCCAGCAGCCAAAUAUAAAUUUAUUGAAGGCUUGGUCAAAUUUUUAUUACCUUUAGCUAAAGCUUGAAUAAAAUGAAAUUGUGAAGCAUAAAUCUUUUUGGAGAGGAAGGUGCUUGCCGCCCUGGAACGUCCUAGCUUUCCCUGGCUUUUGAGAGUUUGAAAUAUUUGUAAUUUUAGGUAAGAUGACACUGAAUCUUAUGAACUAAAAUUUAUUUUAUUUGUUAGGGGUUUGAUAUUGUACAUGUUAGAUUUUAUUUUUUAAUAUGUAUUGACAUUAACUUGCAGGGCAAAAGUGGACAAAUUGGCAUGUGCUCCAUGUAUAUAGCAUUUCCAUAGUUUCUGGCUUUGACGGUGUCCAGGUCUAGUUGCUGAAUAUGUCAAUCUUUUUAUUUCUUACCUUCCUGAAUAAGUCUCUUUGACUUCACUAGGUUAUUUGGAUUUUGUUACCUUGUGUGGCAUGCAUUGUGAUAGGAGAAUCCUCCAUUUAUUGCUUUUAGGUUGCUUUAAUGAGCUUUUACCUUGGUCUUUUUUCAUUUUCUCUCUCUCUCUUUCAUGUUUAGCUUUAUUUUCGUUAAGUUUUGUCAGCUAUUUGCAUGAUGGUCUGAGCUUUGGUACUCACCCAGUAUUUAAGUCAGAUGGCCUUUAAUCAUCAUUAUGUCUUUGAUGCUGUUUCAAACCUUUCAAUAAUGUACUUAAGUUGGUGCAGAGUAUUUGAUUUUGAUGAAUGGAAAGGAAUUUGAAUCUCUUUUAAUUGAAUCAUUCUUUUUUGUUGUUGUAAAGAACUUGUCUUAUUGUUUUUUAUCAGCAUUGACUUUCUUUCAGGACUGUUUUUGUAAAAAAUGUAAAUAACCUUUUUUGUAGCUUUGGUAGAGCCUAACUGCCUGUAUCCUACAUUUUUAGACUGAUAGACAUAUUUGUAAGAGUAUCAUCAUAAAUUAUUUAAUGUCAAGUCUGACUAUAAGAUAAUCUUAGAUUGUUAUAGUUACCCUCUUUGUUAGGAUUCAUUAUUGGUUUCUAACUGGAAUUAAAAGGCAAAGUACAAAGUAUGUGGGACAGAAUCACAGUGCCUUCCAUUGUGACUUGUAGCCUGAGAGACCAAUAGAUUUUUCUUUUCCCUUCUCUGUGAAAGAAACUUCUAGUUUUCACUUGUUUCCAUCCCCUGAUUCUUGAGCAGCGGUGCUUCCUGGUAACUUCUGAUUACCUUCUUUAAAAUCAGCUAUCAUAGUGUAUUCAUUCGUGUUCCUACCUAUGCAACCUUGAAACAAUUGGUUUCUUAAGAGAGGGUAUGAUGUGAACAACAAAGCAUUGAGGAGUGGAGGAAGCGAUAAUACAGCCUUGUUUCAUUGAAUAAUGGACACAGGCCAGCCACAAGUAAUUCUAACACUAAGUGUUUUGCUAUUGUGUACAAUUCCAACCCCUCCUUUUUACAGGAUCUUUCUGAUAAAAGUAUUUGUGGGAAAUUAUGCAUAUCUCUAUCAGGACUUCAUGCAGUUUUAUUUGCAUUUGUCUAGCAGUAGAUUUGGAAGGGAAGGGAAGCAUUCAGCAGUUGCAAGUGAAAAAGUCUUGUGUUUGCUUUUUUGAGCCAGCAAAUUUGUAAAUUAGUGAAUGUGAUAUAAAGUUAUGUGUCAAUAAUGCCGUUUGUUUCAACUGGUCAAAGAAGACUUAUCCUCAUCCGCCCAUGUGUAAAUUUUUGACCAAAAAUUGACACAGUAGUGUACCCGUAUGAAUUUUUUUUCUGUUUACUCCUUUAUUGAGUUAAAAUAAUGACAGGUUGACAAUACAGUUUUAUUUUCCUUCAGUUAAUAUUUCAUUGCAUAAUGUUAAUACAUUUGGCACACUCAUUGAGUUUGUUUUAUCAUAAGAUGUUAAAGUCUUUACAGAUGUCAUGGAUAUCCGCUCACUGGUGAGAUUCCCACUGUUGAAACAAUAUUUUGGCUGUAAAAAGACCUGUGAUGAUUAUUGAAAAGUAGUAAUAAAUGCCAUCGCAAUGUUAUUGUAAAUACAGUACAAAAUUACUAUUAUCUGACAAAAAACUGCUAGAUAUUGUCUUAUACCUAUCAUUUUGAUGUGAUGCCAGUAUUUAAAGAAAUUGCGGAGUAAGGACCUGUACAUUAGUUCUAUAAAUAGCAUAGUAAUGCAUCACAUUUGCUUUUGUCUUGUCAGUGAUGUGUUUAAUCAUAGCUUAAGAAUCUCAAGAUUGAAAGAAAUUUUUUGAAAUUUCUUUGGAGAUUUAAAUUUUGUCAUCAUUGUACAUUGAAUAAGUGUAGUCAAGUCCUAAGUCAGGCCACUGUAAAAAUGUAUUAUGUAUGAUAUGUAAGAUUAGAAGAACAUGUGCAAUGAAAAGUUAUUUCAUUCCAAUAAAUAAAUUGUUUUGCCAUCGCCAAA